AUGGCCAGCUACAAGUCUUUCCUCAGCAACGAGCUUUUCUCCAUCAAGGGCAAGGUCGCCAUCGUCACUGGAGGCGGCACUGGUAUUGGCAAGGGUAUUGCCGCCGCCUUGACCCUUAACGGAGCCAAGGCUACCGCAAAGGAGCUCAGCGACGCCGCUGCCGAAGCCCAGACUGGUGGCGAGUGUAUCCCCAUCGAAGGCGAUGUUGCUACCAAGCAAGGUGUCACUGAAGUCUACGACAAGAUCUCUGCCAAGACUGACAAGCUCGAUUACCUGGUCAACAAUGCUGGGUUCUCUGCCAACUGGCGCAAGAUGGCUUCUGAUCUUAACGACCCCAAGGAGCUCGCCGAACAACUCUGGUCUAUCGAGGACUGCGACUUUGCCAACAUGACCGCCAUCCACACUGCCGGACCUUACUUUAUGGCCAUCAAGUUCCUCCCCUUGUUCCAAAAGUCAGAGAACCCUGCCAUCACCAACAUCACCUCCCUCGCAGCUCACUUCCUCAACCGAGCCGUUUGUGAAUUCUCUUAUGCCCAAUCCAAAGCCGCCGAGACCCACUUGACCCGAUUGAUGGCGGCCGGUCUCCUGCCCUACAAAGUCCGAGUAAACGCCGUCUGUCCCGGACUCUACCGCUCGCAGCUCACCACCGGCUCCACCGACCCUGACGCUCCCUUCUGGCCUCCUCAAAUCAACGCCAUGAACAACGGUGGUAUCCCCGCUGGACGGGAGGGCAAGUGGGAAGAGAUUGCGGGUGCUGUUUUGAUGCUUGCCUCGCCUGCUGGACAAUACUUUAACCAAGCCGAGCUCGUCAUCGAUGGAGGAUGGCGUAUGUGCACUUCUGCUUUGGAUGUCAAGUAA